AUGGCACAAGCAUAUGAAGUUCUCAAGGCGAAAUGGAAAAAGCGACAAGAUACACAGACAGUUGUUUUUGGAGCCACGCGUGACGCAGUCGUCACGAAACUUAAAAGUUUGGUUCAAACCAAAGUUGCUGCGCUAAAAGGAGACGUGUUUACGGACGAGGAAUGGAAUAUUACAAAAUAUCCCUUGACUGCGCUUUAUCAAAACAACAGGAGCCCCACGCUUGAUCCAAAGCCGUACAGAUACAGGGAUAUCAAACGUUUUAGUGUCGCGUUCCUGCAAUCGAAAUUCUACGUUAACGGAACUUCUCCGGGUGAUGUUAAGCAAGGUGAAGUUGGCGAUUGCUGGUUUCUCUCGGUUCUUGCUGCGGCCGCUGCUGUUCCAGGUCUUGUUCAAUCUAUUGCUGUCGAAGUUAAUGAACAAGCCAAGAUCUAUGGCUUUGUAUUCUACAACGACGGUUGGGUUGGUACUAUAGUUGAUGACUACGUGUUUUUCAUCAACAAUACGACUUUGAAGUUCAGCCAGGCCAGAGAAAGUGAGGCGUGGGCUCCGCUUCUUGAAAAGGCAUUUGCCAAGAUCAACGGUGACUACGAAAGUAUCGAUGGGUCAGUCAAUUCGCAAAGAGCACUUGUGGGUCUUGGAGGCAUAAAUUAUAAGGAUUACAAGCUCGCCCAAGUGAAACAAGAUCCUGCAAAGAAAAAAGAACUUUGGAAUGCAUUUAUUGCCACCAAGAAUCCCCGUGAUACUGUAUUUGCCUGCGGUCGCGAUGAGCAUCAUCCUGACGAUCCAAAGGGUCAUGGUGAAGAUAUAAUGGGCCUGAUCUCGUAUCAUGUGUAUAGCUUUCUUCGCGCUGUUAAUUUUCAUGGUAAUCAAUUGGUCGAGGUCCGUAAUCCAUGGGCACAUAAUGAAUGGAAGGGGAAGUGGUCAGAUGAGAGCAGUGAUUGGGCGCCUUAUAAGCAAAAAGAUACAAUACCGGAGUUGAAUUAUUCUCUCGCUGACGAUGGUUCUUUCUUUAUGCUAUUUGACGACUUUUUGAAUGAAUUUGAUGAGGCGGAGAGUUGUGAAUACCCAUUGGCAGUCGCCAAAUAUUUCAACAGGUCUGCCACAAUUUCAACAGAGAGUCUUGUAACAUCUUGGUGGUAUGGCUGCUAUGAUUUUUACUACACCGAUAGAGUAAACCAGUCAAACUUGUCGAAUGUGGAAUUGAUAUUCGAGAGUAGCAGCCCUGACGGGCCGAUUACAGUUAGCGGCAGUGGAAGAGAUGGUAUUGGGCCUUAUUCUAUUGACGGCAACUAUGAUGGUUCAUCGAAAGAUAUUUCCUUUACCAAGCAGUACAUCAAUGUCAAUGCCAAUACGGCCUGGCACUACCAAGGCAAAUAUAACGACGAACUGUUCUCUGGGAUAUGGGGCACUACUGCCAAGCCGAAUAUGGGUAAUUUCUUGAUUAAACAGACUUCUUCUCCCAAAAGAAAAUCAGAUCAAGGGAGUUGGCGUGGAUAUUACUUUGACGUAGAUAACAAGGGCGUCCUGAUGCUAAUCUACAUGACUUUGUGGAAAGAUCUAAAAGGCGUCGAAAUUAUCACUGGCUCUGGUAUAGAUGAAGGUGGUACGUUUACCUUUGAUGGACACAUAUCAGUUGACAAUUCGGUCAGCUUAACCAAGAGAUAUGAAGGUAAUCCGUUGCACUAUAAUGGAUGGAAGAGUGGAAACGCGAUAUUUGGAACUUGGGGCGCUGGAGUGCCCAGUGGCGGUGAUUUUGUGAUUUGGAAAUGUUAG